GGAAUAAAACCGCACCGACAAGGCCUUGAAAAUGUUUAAUGCUUUACAGCGACUACUGGGUGCCGAUUAUCCGCCCAAUAAAGUAUUAGAAAUAAAAAGUGAAUCUCUGGGAUUACUACAGAUUUUGGCACGCGAUGAAGCCAUGGUACUGUAUGCACCACCAUUUAAUUCAAACGAUAAGAAGACAUAUGAAAUAGUAUUACAAAGACCGCAUACCGAUUCCAAUACUACGUCAUUUAGUUUAUUUCGUUCGCCAUCGCAACAAGAGGCUGAAGAUAAAUUUAAUGCCUUUUUACAUCGUUUACCACUCUUUGUGUCUAUAGUUAAAGAGUUUUAUAAUGUCAAUGGGCUACAAAAAUUAUGUGACAUUUUAUCCGAUAAUCCAUCAUGGUCUAUAACCCAUUUGGUGGCAUAUUUCAAUUUAGUCGACUAUAUUAGUCAUCCCAAAGUAUUGCAGUUUAUUGACUAUGCUGAUCAUACCAAUUAUAUGUCACCAUUUCAAUUGGCAGUUAAAACCGGAAAUAUUGAAAUGGUCAAAGCUCUAUUGCCGCUAUGUAAAAUGGAGCAUUUGGAUAACAACAGCAAUUCAGUGUUUCAUUAUGCCGCCAGUACAACAAAAGAAAUUUUAAAUAUUCUUAUUGAAAAGAGCACAGUAAAUCUUAAUCACAUCAAUUCGGAUGGCUAUACACCACUUCAUUUGGCUUGCCUUUCGGACAAACCGGAAUGUGUCAAAGCUCUAUUGCUUGCGGGAGCCGAUGUUAAUAUUGAAGCGAAAAAUAUUAGCAAGUUAUAUAAAACAUCCACACCAACUUCCGUUGCAGAAUUUCUUAAGCAAAAUGCAAAUAAACUAUAUACCCAGGAUAUGAAAUUCGGAGGCAGUCCAUUGCAUUGGUGUUCAUCAAGGGAGACAUUACAUGCUUUAAUAAUGCAAGGAUGUAAUGUCAAUGCUACCAAUUUCGAUGGUCGAACAGCCUUACAUGUAAUGGUGGCCCGGAAUCGUUUUGAAUGUGUAGUUACGUUAUUGGCUCAUGAUGCUGAAAUCGACGUGGUCGACAAGGAUGGAAAGACACCAUUACACAUUGCCAUUGAGCAAAAACUGGUGAAUAUUGUCCAGUGUUUAGUGGUGUUUGGCUGUGAUAUAAAUAAAAAGAAUAAAGAUGGAGUAACACCACGUCAUAUGGUGGGUAGUGAUGCAACCGGAAGUAAAACUGAUGAGAUUCUAUAUAUUUUACAUUCGGUGGGAGCGAAAAGAUGUACUGAUCCCAAAAGUAAAUGUCCACCCGGCUGUCAUCCCAAUGGAACAUUUAAUGGCAUACCGCCAGAAGCCCCUGAAUCUGUAGAAAAACGUGAACACAUUGAAAAUAUGUUGGCUUCCACUAGCCGACAGUCAGCUGUGGGAAUGUUGGCAAAUGCUGCAAAUGGUUUCCUCAAUGACAUGAAAGAGCCACCAGUUGUGGUUAAUACUGAAAAAGUUGAAAAAGGACAAAGCAUUAUGGACGCUUUAUUGGCAAUGUUUAAAGUUAAUGCCGAUUCGAAAAAAGGAUCUCCAACGGGUAGUAUGGAUAAUGUGAAUUCUAUUGAAGGCGAUGCUACUUCCAUGCGUGGUUCACCCGAUGCUACUUCUUCAAAUCUUUCCCUACAUUCGGCUAUUUCACAUCAGAAAGGCGAUAAACCAUACGGUCGCGGACGUCUACUAUGUUUGGAUGGUGGUGGUAUACGUGGCUUGGUACUUGUACAGAUCCUAUUGGAAAUUGAGAAAAUUUCCCAAACACCCAUUGUCCAUUUGUUCGAUUGGAUAGCUGGAACUAGUACGGGAGGUAUAUUGGCAUUGGGUCUUGGUUGUGGCAAAACAAUGCGCCAGUGUAUGGGAUUAUAUUUGCGAAUGAAGGAACAGUGUUUUGUUGGAUCCCGUCCCUAUCCAAGUGAAAAUUUCGAAUCAAUCUUAAAAGAUAAUUUAGGCGAAUUUACCGUUAUGACCGAUAUCAAACAUCCUAAGGUUAUGGUAACCGGUGUAAUGGCCGAUCGUAAACCAGUAGAUCUUCAUUUAUUCCGCAGCUAUCAAUCUGCAAGUGAUAUUUUGGGUAUAGUAACACCCAUAACAAAUCGUCGCAUUCCACCACCUGAUCCCAAAGAUCAACUUGUAUGGAGGGCAGCUCGUGCUACAGGUGCAGCUCCGUCAUAUUUUAGGGCUUUCGGAAGAUUUCUUGAUGGCGGUUUAAUAGCUAACAAUCCCACCUUAGAUGCCAUGACUGAAAUACAUGAAUAUAAUAUGGCUUUACGUAGUGUUGGCCGUGAAAAUGAAGCUGUACCGGUUUCUGUUGUAGUUUCAAUUGGAACAGGCUUAAUACCUGUUACUGAAUUGAAAGAUAUUGAUGUUUUUCGUCCAGAAAGUAUUUGGGAUACAGCAAAAUUGGCAUAUGGAAUUUCAACAAUCGGUAAUUUGCUUGUCGAUCAAGCAACAGCCUCGGAUGGAAGAGUCGUCGAUCGUGCUCGUGCUUGGUGUAGUACAAUUGGUGUUCCAUAUUACAGAUUUAAUCCACAACUUUCGGAAGAUAUUGCCAUGGAUGAGAAAAAUGAUCAGAAAUUAAUAAAUAUGCUAUGGUGUGCCAAAGCCUAUGUACAUGCGAAUCGAAACAAAAUUAUUGAAAUGAUAAAUUGUUUGAAAUAGCAUAUACGACGAAUUUAGACUGCACAUAUAUCAAACUACGCUUUAAUAGCUGUUUCGAUAUUACAGCGAAUAUAUUUAU